CAGACUACUUGCUUUGCAUUUGAGUUUAUUUUUUUAUUUUGAGGACAAAAUUACUAGUACCUCCGGAAGUACAGACACGAUAUUAGGAUCAUAGUUCAUGCUUUUUAAAAACUAAACUACAUAGUUAGUCGCAAGUUGUUUAGCUAGCCACGAUGGCUAGCUAACAACAACGUCUGUCCGCUUGCUAUCUAAUAUUAAAAUGUAAAUAAGUAGCACGCUAAAUAGCUAGCUAGCUAGCUGGAUAGAAGUGAAGGAUCUUUGAAUCAUGUGUUCCCUUGCGCUCUUUCCACCACCUUUGCCGAGUGGACAGAUUACCUUAUACGAAACAAAUAAUGAAUUUGUUUCGGGAAAAUCACCAAAUUACUACGAGAAACAAAUAACACAGCAUUGGGACCCUCCUAGUCUGUGUUUCCAUAGGGAAACGCUGAAGCCACAUAGCCGACCAGAGAGCAGUAGUAAAGCAGCUUUCCUGGAUCACAAAGACACACUGUGGAUGAGGAGUGCAGGAGCAUGGCGUGAUGCAGGUCUUUCUGGCCUUUUGGAUGAAAUCACCAACAGUGCUGGUAAAGUGCCAAAGUGGUUGACAAUGAGUUCUGGAUGCAUUUUGGCACUACUGCGAUGGAUGUCUUCAUUCCAUGGAUCUCUCUUCCCACAUCUUACAUUAAGUGGUGAGGAGAUGGUUGCCGAAUUUUCUGAAGUGCUAGAUUGGCUUGACAGUGCUGUGCGGAGCUUUGCAUGGCAUCCUCACACAGACAAGUUUGCAGUAGCCCUUCUGGAUGACUCUAUUAAGAUCUACAAUUCUCGGAGUGCCACGGCUCCAACUCUGAAGCACAGACUGCAGAGGAGUGUAAGUGCUAUGCAGUGGAAGCCCCUGUGUGCGUCUGUGCUGGCUGUGGCCUGCCACACCUGCAUGCUCAUCUGGCACGUCGACCCCAACUCACUUUCUACAAGGCCCUCUUCUGGCUGUGCUCAGGUGUUGUCUCAUCCUGGUCACUCUCCAGUCACUUCCAUCGCUUGGUCCCCAUCUGGUUCCUUACUAGUUUCUGCCUCUCCAGUGGACACUGCCAUGAUGGUAUGGGAUGUGGCUGCAGAAAUUUGUGUUCCACUGCAGCGCGUAGGGGGAGGAGGAGUAACAAAUCUGUCCUGGUCACCAGAUGGCAGUCGACUCUGGGCUGCCACUCCCUCUGCCCUCUUCAGGGUUUGGGAGACCAAGAUGUGGACCUGUGAGAGGUGGCCUUGUCUAAGAGGGCGCUGUCAGGCUGGAUGCUGGAGUCCCGAUGGAAGUCGAUUGUUGUUUAGUGUUCAGGGAGAAACGGUGAUUUAUGCGCUGACCUUCUCACACAUGACUGGAGGACCUAAAUCUGCUGCUGUUGUGGCUGACCUUUCUGAGACCACCUUCACUGGACUUGACAGUGACCUUAGGGUUGGGGGAGAAGUUCAGUCUUUGGCCUGGGAUCCCACUGGCGAGAGGCUGGCUGUGCUCCUUAAAGGUAAUGCAGAAAUAUCCAGUCAUCCUGCUAUCAUUGCUGUGUUUAAAACAAGAUCCAGCCCCAUCUUUGAGUUGCUACCUUGCGGUUUUGUAAGAGGGGAGGUGGGGGCAGAGCCUAGAUUGAUCCAGUUCCAUUCUCACUUCCAACAUGGUGCAUUGCUCACAGUGUGCUGGUCUAAUGGGCGAAUCUCUCAUGUGCCGUUCUACUUUGUUAGUAUGGGGAGGCCACAUUCAGGUGGAAGUCCUCCACUCCCCCACUUCACCAGCAAGACAGAAGAUUAUAGUACACUCACACUCUACACAGAACAAGUCUCAUAAACAUAUUUGUUUGUACUUUUAAGCAUCGGUCUAUACCCAGUAAUUCGAAGGUUUGCACAUGCUAAUAAAUAUUAAUCGGAUGAAGUUGUAUUAUUUUUGCUAUAUCACUGGUAUAUGAAAGCUUGUGUGUAAAAGAUUUACUGUGAAGCUUUGUCUAUCCUCCAUUCUCAGUUUUCUUUGAAGCCUGAGCGAAUAUACAUUCACAGGGUACUUCAAUAUGUCUUGUACAUGCAUUAUAUCUUUUGUGUAAUUGUAACUGAUUAAUCAUACACAUUUGUAACCUUUCCUCUAGCUGGAUCACUACUGGUCAGUCUCUAACCACAGAACCAAUGCUGACUAGAUACCACCUGGUUGGCAGACUGGGUACACCAGUGAAACGGCAGUGGUACUGACAUGGUUUUGUUGUGGCAGUAUGACUCUGUUACAAACAGCAGUGUUGCUGAGGCUUUAUGUCUUUGUUGAUGCUGACCUGAGAGUGGUCUGCUGUCCCACAUAUUUAGUUCAUAUUCAGCCUGUUAAUUACAGUGGUUGCAGUGGUGCCACUUCACUAAAUAGGAGAAAUUAAAAAAAUAAAAUAAUUUAAAUAAUAAGGGUAAAAUAAUUUAAAAGUUCUGCACCUCUGGAAUAGCCUAGCUAAUAAGCAAGUAAGAGAAUGUGAGCCCCAUGCAUAUGGUGAAGGACAGUAAAUGACAAAUCCAAAGUUUGCAUAUUUUGUUUUAAAAAGUACUUGUUCCAUUUUUGAUUUAAUGUAAAAAAACAACAACAAAACACUUGCAUAAUAUGUCAAUGAACAGUCUCUAAAAGAAUGUUUUUGUUGUGAUGAAACAGAUUGAAGUGCAGAUGCUUAGUCACUCAAUCUAUUUAUUUGGCUACAGUCCACAUGUUUGAUGUGAGAAGAAGGGUGCAUAUACUGCAAAGAGCAUCUGAGAAACUGAAGAGCUUUAUUACUGCUAGUCAUUCUGAGGCCCUUGGGAACAUUAAUGCCAUCCUGAAUUCUGAAGAGAUAUUCUGGAAAUAUAAUUGCAUCUACCAAUAUACCACGUCUAGGUUAAAAAUUGGUUUCAACAUGACUGAUCCAAAAUGUGUUUUCUGAAGCUUAUUAAACUUGCAUGUGAGCGUAAGGUA